UGAGAAAUGGCAGUCGUUCUGUUUUAUGAAAAUAAAUUCACAAAUUUUCAUAAAAAUCACAUUAAAUUAUUUGCUGUUUAUAUAAAAACAGCAAAUUUAAUCCAAAACUCAUUUAAAGGAUUUUGUGUGUGUUAAAAAGAAAACAUAUUUUAUAACACUUACCAAACUUAAACAAACAAAAGAAAAUCGUCUCACUAUUAAAUAAUAUUGGUUUUACUCGGUAUCCGUUUGUGUUGCUCCUUCGUACCUAUAUAACAUUUUAUUUUUAUUUUUCUUCUAUCGCAAAACAACACUCCUACUUAUAGAGUUCGGCUUUUCGGUACCAUCCUUACACCCUGUCUUAAAAAAAGAAAGUAUUCAUGUAAAACCCGAGUUCAAAGGGAUAUAAAUCUGCCACAAGAACACAUUUUAUAAUUAUUAUUCAUAAUGAAACAUCAACAAAAAAAAGUAAAAUAUUAAAAAGUUAAAAUUACAACACAUUGUACUACAUCCUUAAUGGUCCUCGAUUGAUUUUUCACGAAUAUAGCAGUAGGAAGGUUGUGGAGCCUCAGUUGUCUGGGUUUUAUGUAUAUUUUGCUUGCAUAACCUCCCAUCCCAGAGCAAAAACAAACUACCUACCUCCAUACACACCAUCAUCAUCAGCAGCAGAAGCAGCAAGCAGCAGUAGAAGCAGCAUUGACAGUACCGAUUAUCAUGAGUAUAGGUGGAAAAGGACAGCAACGGGGAUGUUUAUCUCAACAAUGAUAUUGAAAAACACCGUAAUGAUUUUCUCUAUCAAUCGUUACAUAAUAACAACUUUUCCAAUAUACUACUACCUUGUGUGCUUGUGCUGUAAAAACUAAUUAUUUCUGAACGAAUAAAUUCAGAAUACAUGACAGGUAGUCAUUAUCCUUGCUAAAAGCAGCACCCAAUUGCCUGUGGAUUCUCUGUUGAAAUCUUUUAAGGUUCAACUAAGAAAAUCAAAAAAAACCAAAACACAACUGACUGACUCAAGUGUAACAACAACAGUACAUAAUUAUCGACAAAAACACAAAGGAUCUACACCAUCUACUGUAGUUGUUUUGGCAGUUUGAAACAAAUCUACAAGGACACAAAGGAUCUAACCUUUAAACAAAAAACUAUAAACCUUGGCCUUUCGCUAAAGGAAUGUGCUUUUAGUUGCUUUGAAUUACUCAAAAUUCAAUAAAUAUGUGCUUUUGCUUUUUCGGACAGUGCAAAUGAAGCCAACCACGAGUGUGUAGUGUGUUUUUAGUUAAGGAUAACACAAGGUUUGAAGCAAAACACUUUCCUUUAAAAUUCAAGUGCAAGGCCAUUUGAUUACAUAAAUCUGAAAAGCAAAAAAAUAUAUAGAAUAACAGUGAUGAAAAUCAAUUAAUCUUAUUACACAAUACCCGACUGCCGAUUGUGGUAGAAUUGAAUAUAAAUUAUUAAUAAACAAAAAACAAAUAAUAAUAACUCAAUCAAAACAACAUGGGUUUCAUGUAAAAGUUGUCGUAUGAAUAUUUAAAUACAAAAAAAGAAAAUAAUUUAAAAGUAAAGUCGGUUUGUUUUUAAAAGUUUCGGCUUUCGGAAACUGACGUCACAUAUGAAAAAGUGAAAAGGAAUAAUUUAUGGUAGAAGUUAUUUUCUAUUUUAAACGUGAACCUGAAUGUUUAACGGUGUUUUAUUGUUUUUUUUUUUGUUCAAAUAGCUUGUUACUCCAAUAAAAUAUGAUGUCAGUUUAAGUGCGUGAUUUGUGAGUGUUUUUGUUUUUGCAAUAUGUACUAAUUCAGCACCUGCAGAAGAGGAAGCUUUGGAAAACCUAUUGCUGUUGUCGUUUAUGCCUUCAAAUUGGAUACGAUAAAAUAUAGUUACUGCCUUUAAAGUUAUUCGCAGAGGGCUCCUAACUUGAAAAAUAUCGCUGCAGCUUUUCCCAAAUGAAUAACCUCUGCGUGUGUGUUGGCAAUAGUAUUCAAUGCAAUGCUUACAACAACUGAUGCAAUCAAAGCUAAUCAUAAAAUUUAUACAAAAAAUAAAAACAACUCCAUCACCUUCUGUCAACAAUCGCCUCUGCCGCUGUGUCAUAUUGCAACAAACAAAAUGAAGGAAACCGAUUUUGAUAGUGCAACACCUUCCUUAAUGCAAGAGAUGAAUUUAGCUCGACGAGCAUGUUGGUGUGACAAAAAAACUCAUUCGCCUAGUAGAAAAUUUAGAAAUUUCUUAGUAGAUUUAGUAGAAAAUUAUAAGAACAAUGCAUUUGACAAUUUAAGUAAAAUAAAUAGGUGCAUUCACGAAACACAAACUGGCCUGCUUAAGCUACCAACAAAAACAACAUCUACAACAACGACAACGGUUUUGAAAGAUGUAGCUAUAAAUUUCAAAACAAAUCCUACAAAUUCACAUCCUAACUUAAUUAUAACUCCUAGUAAUAAUAAUAAUUCUAUACCACAAAGUAAUUGUUUAAAUAUUAUGUCAGACAGUAAUGCAACAAUGAAAAACUUCGAUAAUGAAGUAGAUUCGUUUAUUCCGACGUCGACGAAGGUGAAAAUGAAUGAAUUCAGUCAAUUUGCUGAUCGAGCAUCAGCUAAAUGGUGGAGUUUAACAGUACUUUUAGUGUCAAUACUGCUUAAAUUUCAAAUGGUGCUAAAAAGUUAUAGUUUUAAGAGUGAAAUAAGUGAAAUGAAAAAUGUGAAUAAUGCCAAAGUUAUGCUUGAAUGCCAAAAACAACAACGAAUCAAAGAGAAAUCAUGUUUGAGAACUUUAAAUAGAGGAUUUAUUUGUUUGCUUGUGAGUUAUAUCUGGAUUUGUUGUUUUGUUAGCAGCAUAGAGGCCCGUCCAAAUUUGAGUAAUGCAUUAAAUUCUGGUGGAAGUGAAACGACAGUGGCAGUGACAGAAUCGGCGACUUCAACAAGUUCUUUUGGAACACCAACUACAACAUUGGAUCAUGGAGAGCAUGGGGAUGGAAAAACGUAUCCGUUGGCAUCACAUGGAGAUCAUCAUGAACCUUUACGAUAUCCAGUAUCACAAGUUGACUUUGAUAGAGUCAAAACACCAUUUAUUAUUGGUAUUUGGAUUCUAUCAGCUAGUAUUGCAAAAAUUGGUUUUCAUAUGACACCAAAGCUUAAUAAAAUCUUUCCCGAAUCCUGCCUUUUAAUUGUUGUUGGUGUUGCCAUUGGUGUUGUUUUAUAUUUUGUCACUUCCGUAAAUGUAUCACCAUUAACACCAAAUACAUUCUUCUUCUACAUGCUCCCACCAAUUAUCUUAGAUGCCGGGUAUUUUAUGCCCAAUCGCCUUUUCUUCGAUAACUUGGGAACUAUAUUGCUAAUGGCUGUUGUUGGCACGAUAUUUAACGUUGCAACUAUUGGUUCCUCAUUAUGGGCGUGUGGCCUUACGGGUAUUUAUGGUGACGAGAGUCAAACUCCAAAACUUUUAGAUACAUUUAUCUUUGCCUCACUUAUUUCGGCUGUUGAUCCUGUUGCUGUAUUGGCUGUGUUUGAAGAAAUCCAUGUAAACGAAAUUUUGUAUAUUGUUGUAUUUGGUGAAUCGCUACUUAAUGAUGCUGUUACGGUUGUCAUGUAUCAUAUGAUGGAAGUCUAUAAUGAAAUUGGCAUCAAAAAUAUAAUCGUUUCUGAUAUAUUAGGUGGCGUUGCAUCGUUUUUUAUUGUUGCCUUAGGCGGAACUUUUAUAGGAGUAAUUUGGGGAGUCCUUACAGGACUAGUAACCAGAUUUACAGAUCACGUUCGAGUUAUCGAACCCAUAUUUAUAUUCGUAAUGGCUUAUUUAGCAUAUCUCAAUGCGGAGAUAUUCCAUAUGAGUGGUAUAAUGUCCAUCACAUUUUGUGGAAUAACAAUGAAAAAUUAUGUGGAAUCGAAUAUAUCACAAAAAUCGCACACAACUGUUAAAUAUGCUUUGAAAAUGUUAUCAAGUUCUUCAGAAACAAUUAUCUUCAUGUUUUUGGGUGUGGCCACUGUAAAUAAUGACCAUGUUUGGAAUACAGUAUUCGUUCUAUUGACAAUCUUGUUUUGUUCAUUUUUCCGUGUAAUUGGAGUUGUCAUCCUCGUUGCUAUGGCGAAUAGAUUCCGUCUUCAUAAAUUGUCAAAUGUUGAUCAAUUUGUCAUGUCAUAUGGUGGCCUUCGAGGAGCUGUAGCAUUUGCAUUGGUGCUGCUAAUCGAUGAGGCCCACGUCAAACAGAAAGCAAUGUUUGUGACAACAACAAUAGCGGUUAUCUAUUUUACUGUCUUCCUACAAGGUAUUACAAUAAAGCCUUUGGUGAAAUUUUUAAAUGUAAAACGUGCAAAUAAGAAGAAACCCACAAUGAAUGAAAGGAUACAUGAAAGGUUCAUGGAUCAUUUGAUGGCUGGAAUAGAAGACAUAGUUGGAAAGACUGGUAACUACAAUGUGAGGGAUAAAUUCAAACGAUUUGACAACCGAUUCAUUCGUCCACUUUUGAUAAGAGAUUUAAAGGGUGCUGAACCAAAAAUUAUCGAAACUUAUUCAAAAUUAACAAUGCGUGAUGCUAUGGAAGUUAUGAGGCGAAAUCCUUCAACAAUUGGUCAAAUAUCUGGAACCGAAUCGAUGAGUGCACUAUUUAGGAAUUACACCAGUAAUUGUAUAGGUGGAAGGUGGGCGCCGCCGACGUUGUUUCCGACUUGUCCUAGUUUAACCAAUCUAGAAAAUACAUGCUCUCGCAAUCUGGAUAUGCAUGAACUGGACUAUAAUCCGUCCAAAAAAGAUUUAACUGAUGCAAGAAUUCAUCAUUUACUUGCCGAAGAAUUAAAACCAUAUAGAAGGGCUUCAAUGGCAAUGCAUCGUCGUCUAAGCUAUAGCAGACAUGCAGUCGAUGAUAGAGAUCUGUCUACACAGGUCAACUAUAAACUGCAAAUGAACUUCCGACGUAUGUUUAAAGACCGGCAACACCAUAAACGAAGUAAAAGAGAUAAAAACAAGCAACAAGAUGGUGUCAAACAAAAUCACGUCUCAUUUACUGAUUUUCAACAAAAUGGAACAGCUAAACAAUUGUCGCAUGGUACGAAUACGAAUGAACCUCUUUUACGCAAAAAACUAAUCAGAAAACAUUCUCACAAAUCACUUAACAAAUAUCGUAGAUUAGAAAUAGCAGAAGAAUAUCCUCCGAAACAAACUGAAGUCACCAUUAAUGAAGCUGGCGAUGAUUGGGAAGAAGGUCUUACAUUUACUGCAAAAUCUUCACCGGACUCAGAUCUUGCGAAUAAUAAUUCAUUGAUAGCGCAUAUCACAAGCCUACCAGGCUUUGAUUCAUCCAAAGCAAGAAUAGUUAAGCAUUAUGCAUCCAAGAGUGAAAGUCCUGAGAAAAUUAUCACACCUGAUAUUGGUCCAACUGCGGCCGAAUUAAUACUACCGUGGCGUAGAGAGAGAUCCUCUCAAAGUAUUGUUGCAGAAAAUGUGAUUGUCGAAGAAGAACGUAAUGCAUCUCGUGAUUCUGAUUGUGAACGACGUGUUGCCACACCAACAGCCACCGAAUCCCAACUGCCAUGGAAACGUGAAGAGGACGAAGAAUCAGAUGCUGUUCAACAAAAUGAAUUUCCAGCAUGGGCAUCAAAUAAGGAAUACUUGGCAUACAAUUCACCUAGUGCCACGUUUCUAGGUGGACUUUCAAAACCUAAACAGGCUAAAUCUGUAAUAGGUUUCUUUCGACGCGAAAGCUCUGGUUCAGGAAGUGGAACUGCCCCCAAGCCCGUUCCUCUUGUUGUCGAUCUCAGUGAAAUACCAAUUGGAUCGGAUCCAUCUUUAGCAGCCGCCUUAACUAGUGGAUUGGUGCCUUUUAAUUUGCCACAACAGCAACAACAACAGAAUAUUGCGGUAAUUGGUGGAGCUGCGAGAUCAGACAAACGGUCUGCAUCAAUAUCGGGGGCUAGUAUAGCCGAUAGUGGUCAUUCGGGACCGUUUCCGGUGACAGCUAGUCAUCGAAGAAAUAUAAGAAGAGGGUCUAUGCUUGAGUUGAGCGGACUUGUACUUGCAGGACGGAGGGCUAGUAAAAUAUUACCUCCUAAUCCCAGAGACACUAUCCCCGAGGAGACUCAUUACCACUCAAAAUCGUUAUGUGAACCGGCCGGAGAUGAAUGGACCUCCGCUUUGGCUGGAGCUGCAAAACAUUUAACAGGAAGCGGAAACAGCGACAAACUGCUCACCUCGCCAACAACGACGAGUAGUGGUCGCGAACCGUUGCUUCCUAAACUAACGCCUCGAGCACAAAUCCGUCGAAUGGGCAGUAAAAAUCAAGUAACAACAGCUCUUCUGUCAACUUCUACGUCCGAUUUUGAUGAUGAUGACGACGACGAUGAUGAGGAAGAAGAUUUUGAUUUGUACGAUGAUGAUAAUAUUGUUGUUUCAACUUAUACACCAGGAUCGGCGAAUAAACGAAACAAUAGUGGAGGAGAUGGUGCUUCGACAUCGAGUGCUUUGCGAAACAAUGACGAAAGCAUCAUUUGAGGUAGAAGGGAACAAUUGCUAAGAAUGCGGCUAGGGAAUUGUAUUAGAUAUAAAUUAUUCUUUUAGUAAAAUUUUAUAACAAAAACCAAAAAAAAAGAAGGAAAAAACAGAAACAAAAACGAAACACUAUUGAUGAAGAUGAAUUGCGACCUUAACAAAACGUUAAAAUUGUUACAAAAAUUCUAUGCAAAGAGCUGCUAUUUAAGUCACAAUACAAAGACAAUAGGUUGCACCACUUCAAGCAAAACGACACAAUUUGACACACAAAUUUGCAAUGAAUGUUUUGGCUAUUUGUAAAGAUCGGACGACUGUUCGUUCCGAUUGCCAUUGAUCUUUUAAUAAAGCGAAACUACUUGAAUCAAAAAUGAUUCGAUUGAAACAAAGGCUACUUAACAUCAAUGAAGUAAGAAAAAAAAAAACACAAAACAGCCAUGACUAACUUUUAGCAGUUACCAAAACAAAAAAGCAUAAUUAAUUAAAUUCUAAUUCAAUUGAAAAACAUGAAAUUAUAAAACAAAAAAUCAAAUGUGUUCUUGAUACAUCAACAAAAAAAAUUUAAAUAGUUGAAUUUUUCUAUUAUAAGGAAAUUGAUAAAUUUAGGGUAACGAUAAAUAUUAUAAUAAAGGUUUAAAUCACGACAAUUAUUAUAUUAUUAUGUAUUUAAUUAAACAAACACACACACAUCCUAGUAAUAGAGAAAUGAAAAUGAACAUGUAUUGAGAUUGUACAGAAAAUGUUAACGAAAGAAUUUUAUUAAAUGAAAUAUGUAAAAAAAAACCUUUACAAACUUAAAAAUAGAAAGAACAGAAAAUUUAAUUUAUUUUUAUAUCAAUUUAAUAAUAAAAAUAAAACAAGAAACAAAAAUAGUUAAAACAAAAAUAUAUAAAACCAAAAUACAAGAAAAGAGAUUUUGUGUCUGUGUGAAAAUGUAUUAGUUUUAAAUAGCCAAAGAAAAUUGAUUUAUUCUUUAGUUUUAGUUUAAGUUUAGUUCAAAAUAACGGUUGGUACUUAUUUAAAAAAUAUAUUUAUACAAAUAAUUUACUUGAUUAUAUUAAACUUAUUUCAAAUAAUUUAAAUACGAAGUGUUUUUUCUAUCAUGUGCUGUUGCAGAAAUUGAAAAACUAAUCACUUUCAGACUAUAUAAACUCAUAGGCCUGGAUAUAAAAAAUGUUGUUUGCAUUUUAUGAUAUUUAUGUGUUUUUAAAAAUAUAAGUAAUAUUUGUUUUUAUUUGCUGUUCAAAAACAAUUUAUUUUUGUUUGUUUAGUUUAACGACUUAUUUGUACUUAUUCUUAAAUUGCAUUUUUGUCUUUGUUUUAUUUUGAUUGUAAACAGAAAAUAUAUUAAGUAAUCAAUUUUUUUUCUCUAUUUUCAUCUCUGGAUAUAAUUUUGAUUGAAAAUUAAAUAUUUGAUUGUUUUGUUUACUAUAUUUAAAAAUGUUAUAGACCGUAUUGGUUCGAUUUUUUCGUACCAUUUAAAUAUGACUGAGAGGAUCCAUAAUUCGAAAAUAGGUGUAGUAAAAAUAUUAUUUCAAAAGAGUUUUCCUUUUUUUAAAGCAGGAAAAUAGUUUGAAUAAAUAAGUCGAAAAACUAGUUUUAUCGUUACCUAUAAUAAAUAUUAAUAAAAAGCUUUCAACGAAGAAAUUUAAUCCUAAAACAUUGUUUUUUUUUAUUUAAUUUGGCAAUUUUUUUUACUUUAUUUUGCUCUUUUUUCAAGACACACUUAAUAGGUUUUGAAUCCACCAAACAAAAUAUAACUUGUCCGAAAAUCUACCAAGGUUUUAAAUAUUCUGUAUUUGUGUACAACAUUUUUAAUAAAAUAGUAAAGAGUUAAUAAUUAUUUUUACUAAUGUUUCGAAAAUAAUAAACAAAAUGGCAACAAUUUGAAAAUUCAAUUUAAGCUCAAAACAUUGAUUUAUUAUUUUUUAAGGCAAUCUUAGGAGAAUAUUGAAAUUUUUAAAAGCUUGUUUUCCUAUUUUAACAUUCUUAAAGGAUCCAUUUCUAUUUGGCAUUAUAAAGACUUUUAAAAUAUUUGUUUAAAUACAUUGAAUUCGUUAAGCCUCUGACAGCAUACGAAUUAAAAAUGCCCAAAAUAACGAUAUUCCAAGAAAGAUACGCUUUCCGUUUCUCCUUGCUUGAGUAUGAGUUUCUUUAUGCUUUGAAUGCUUGUAUGUUAAGUCAGUCUUUUUCGGCAGAAGUUUUUUUGUUAAAUUAUGUUCAAAUCAAUAAUUUUCUCCUUGAUUUUAAUUCGAAUUAUUUUGUUUAUUUUUGUACCUACUUAUUUUUUUUUUACAUUUUUUGAAUGAAGAACAUAUCCAUUUUUCAAGAAGUAAAAGUAUUGAGAAGCUGUAAAUAAGGAUAGACUUUGUAAAAGAACAUAAAAUUAGCAGCACAAUUUUACAUUCGUUUCUAUAUGCAUAUUUACAUGAAAUUAUUAUUAGGUAUAUAAAUACUCUCAUAAAAAUUUGCACAUAAAAAUGUAUAAUAAAAAAAAAACAAAAAAGGUGAAAAAACACAGAAAACAGUGUAAAUACAUUAAUACGCACUUUGAUAAUAUUAUAUACCUAACCAUAAUGCAAAUAACAUUUCAUCUUAGGUUCACAAAAGAAAAAAAAGAAAACUGAAAUCAUGUUAAUAAAGAUAAUCAACGUUUUAAUGGAAUACAAAAAUGAUAAAAUGUAUGUGUGUACUAUAUGAGACGAUAUACAUAUAAUAAAUUGAAAUACACAACCUGGAAAAAAAGUAUCAAAAUUAA